UCGCUACGACAAGGAGGCUCCGGAAGAGAUCAAAAAGAUUGCGGAGGAGUUUGUUCGCAGCAUCCAGUCACCCGAGGAUGAGUAUGAUCGGGACACGUUUGUUUUACGUCGAAGAACUGUAAUUGUUAACACCCACAUGGCUGAAAUCUCAGAGAGGGAAUUACAGAACCCCCACAUUAGGUUCUUCAACGAACGCAACCCAGGAUGGCGGGAGGGAAACCAGCUGGUGGUGUUGACAAGGAUGACGUGGAGAAGUCUGUUGCUGCACUUUGUCAAGGUUACGGUGUGGCAGUUCAAACCUCCGUCGGUAAUUCACACAACUCCUGCAAUUAAUGAUUAAUGUGGGAAUUAUGUUCUCACCUCUCUUUCUUCCUUUUCACCCUGUCUUUCGACUAGCCCAGUAAUGUCCCCAGAGGAAAUGCAGCCGGUGGUAAUGUCAGCAGAAGGAAGGCCGAAAAACUAAGAGCCAGACUAACUCGAGGACUCUCAUUUCAAGACAGGGAGGCAGGAAUCCAUUGCCUGAGGUUCCAUGCUCGAGAACGGAGCGAGAGAGAGACAGACAAUGGGGACAUAAAUAUCCAAGCCCUCUAGCGAAAGAGAUCCACGCAACUCCUGCAUCGCACGAAAUACUUAUGAAGUUUGUGGGAAUUGUGCGUUGCAAUUAUUGUCGCCCUCUCUUUCUUUUGUUUCACCUUCCCUCUCUUUUUGACUAGCCCAGUAAUGUAAGUACCCCUGGGAACCCCAGCAGGUGCAAUCGAGGCUGUAAAACUGUUAGGGCUGUGGCAAUGUAUGGUUGUGGUGGACAGGUACAAUGUGGCAAUGUAUGGUUGUGGUGGACAGGUGUUCAAAGCUAGCGAUGUGGGAUCAGGCUCAGGGUCACAGGUCUCUGUAAAUUGAGAGCUCAACCAACAGUAGACGACGUCGCAGCGUGCAGUAUUAUACAACGCAGCAUAUCCGGCCCAUCCUAUGGCGUCGACUUAUGCGCAUGCGUGCGUGUGUACAAAAACGGCCGCGCAGCUCAUAUAAUACACCAUGCCAUUGACCAACACGAGGCCAUUAUCCCAUUGAUGCUGGAGAUGCUGUCGGCUGUACUGGGAACGCUCGGUCACUAUCUUGGCCGCAUAUUCUUCACGGCGGCGGCCGCUCUUGCGAUAUACUUCGCCGUCAAAGCUGCCAGAAACCUUUUCAAUGUUUAUCAAGAAGCAUUCGUGAUGUUGACCGUGGCUCUUGGGCGUCGCUGGAUGCCGAAGGAACGGAGUCUCAGGAUCCAGCCAUACCUGUGUAGGACUGCAGAUCUGGACGACGUGUCCAUUGAUGAGUGCUUUCGGUUUCACUACCAGGCCUUUCAGCCUGCGGAUGAUAGCAUUACGAGGGAUCAGGUUUUUGCCAUGUAUCAAAAAACUCUUCAAAAAUAUUCCCACGUUGUCUUGUGUCGAGAGAAACUGGACGGUUCUCUAAGAGGUCUGGUUCUCGUAGGUCUGGAGUAUAAGAAGACACAUACAGUGCUAAAGGUUGGACUGACACUGACUCACAAGACUAUCGAGGUGGGCCAUGGAACUCAUCCUCCACCCGUUUGUACCAGUCUACUUGAUCACCAAAAUGAGCACCUACAAAUCGUAUCUCAUCAGUACAUCAUACCCAGACAGCCAUCCUCGCUACGACAAGGAGGCUCCGGAAGAGAUCAAAAAGAUUGCGGAGGAGUUUGUUCGCAGCAUCCAGUCACCCGAGGAUCGAGUAUGAUCGGGACCUUUUGUUUACGUCGAAGAACUGUAAUUGUUAACACCCACAUGGCUGAAAUCUCAGAGAGGGAAUUACAGAACCCCCACAUUAGGUUCUUCAACGAACGCAACCCAGGAUGGCGGGAGGGAGACCAGCUAGUGACAAUGGGAAAGGUGAUGUUGAAAACACUACUGAUACAUGGUUUGAAAGUGACUCUGCCAAAAUUCUUUAAACAGUCACCGUCAAGUAAUAUCCCCAGAGGAAACGUAGCUGGUGGAAAUGUCAGCAGAAGGAAGGCUGAAAAACUAAGAACCAGACUAACUCGAGGACUCACAUACCAAGACAUGGUGGCAGGCAUCCAUUCUCUGAGGUUCCAUGCUCGAGAACGGAAUGAGAAAGAGAGAAAUAAGGAACUGAAACACAGGGACAGUUACAUCAAACGUCUCUACAGUCACAGCGACGACGAAGAUUACAACGUUGACCUCUAACAUUUGACACCAUCACUAUUACACAUCCACUUAUCCUGUUAUAUAAUCAACUUACCCCAAUUACAAUGCAUUCUACCUCCCUAGCACUUACUAUAUAUACCAA